AGCGGACAUCUUGCUACACCAAACCCCGUUUUGAAUUUGCGAACCACUUUCAGCAAUCGAGCGAGAUUAUCUACUUAGAUAGAGUAUAUUAAAAUCUACAGCGUGUAACUGAUAUUAAAACUUAUAAGAGAGGCUGAAGAGGUGGGUGUACCAAGAUGGCGGCGCUGUGUUGUGUCAGACCGUUUCUCCAGGGGCAGCUGUAUUUCCUGGUGCGGACGCGGUGGGUCGGGGCAGUUACAGAGAAGCACGUGACCCGCCAAUUGCCCCCAAUGCUUGUGGAAGAAUAAAACCUUGUGAUGGAGUUCGCCCGUCGCCUCCGCAUGUCCCAGCAGAAGAUUUUAUUGGUGCACAGACUGACCCCCUCUAGAAUAUUUCCCCAUAGAUGCCCCUUGAGCACAGGCCUUCUCUCCACACACGGGAAGAGCUCACCGGCGGAACUUCAUCAGACUUUUAUCAACCGCAGACCUCAGACGUCACCCCCGUCCUCCAGAUUUCACACCGGCUGCAGAAAACGCGAUGGACGUCACGGCUCAUUACUGGCUGACAACGUUCGGUGCUCCGCGAUCAUCUCCAGAUUGCCACAGACUAUUCUGGCACCCCAGAACCUCGUCCUGUGUGCCAACACCAUCCAUACCUCUGCCCGCUUGAAUAUCCUGGUACCACCACAUGUGUUGAUCCUUAUCAAACCCCUCCAGAAAUUGUUUGCCAUCAUCCUGGGCAGGAGUGUACGGAAGUGGUGGAGAGCCCUCCCAGCGAACAAACGCCAGCUGUUCAAAGAGUCCUUCAGGCGUAAUCGGUGGAAGCUGUCUCUUAGUGUGGUGGGGUUUGGCUUCCUCGUCGGUCUCUUCUAUUUCACUUCCCUGGAGGAAACGCCUAUCACCGGACGUAUGCGGCUUCUGAUGUUUAGGAAGGAGCAGUGUGACAUGCUUAAUAAGCUUGCAUAUGAAAGCACGAUUGAAGAGUUUAAGGAUGAGAUGGUUGCCGAGAAGGACGAGCGUUAUCAGCAGGUUAAGACGAUUGUCCGACAUCUUAUCGCCUGCAACAGCGACGUGCCUGAGGUGGCCAAGAUUGAGUGGACGCUACAUGUGGUGGACAAGCCGGCCAUUAACGCUUUUGUGCUGCCGAACGGUCAAAUAUUUGUGUUCACCGGUAUGUUGGACGCGGUGGCGGACAGUAACCAGCUUGCCUUCAUUCUGAGUCAUGAAAUGGCGCACACUAUUCUAGAUCACACGGCAGAGAAGCUCAGUGUGAGCCAUUUAUUGGACGUCCUCUUCCUGAUCUCUUUGGUCAUGAUCUGGGCCAUCUGCCCCAUGGACACUCUCGCUGUGGUCGGCCAGUGGAUCCAGUCUAAACUACAAGAGUAUGUGUUCGAGAGACCAUAUAGCCGGACUUUGGAGACUGAAGCUGAUAAAGUCGGCCUUCAACUUGCUGCCAAGGCCUGCGUUGACGUGAGGGCUAGCUCGGUGUUCUGGAAACAGAUGAUGGUGUUGGAGACUUAUGGAGAAGAGCCUCAUGUCCCGGAAUUGCUUUCCACCCACCCAUCACAUGAGAAGCGAGCAGAAUAUCUGGACAGGCUCAUACCAAAGGCCCUUAAAUUGAGAGAGUCUUGUGACUGCCCUCCCCUCAAUUCUGUUGACCCCAGAUUAAUUUUCGAGCAGAGCGUGAAGCUUCUUCUCCAGCCCUCCAGAGAACCGGAUGACAGAGCGAUAAAAGGCGACCUCCAUCCUGUCUGCACAAAUGACGAAGCUCCGAUCGCUGCUGCAGUCAAAGCGGCAUAGCCGAUUAUUCAACAUUUCACCGCCGUCCACAUUGAUUGUGAAAACUGACAUCGCCUCGGGAAUGUUUUAUCAAUAGGUUUUCCCGGGCCUUUUCCUGCGUCCCUCUGUGUGUGUCUAUAGAGGAGAUUUUUUUUGUAGUAAGAUUUCUAGAAAUAUAUUUAUGUACAAUGAUUGAGGUUAAUAUAUAACAGCUUUUAAUACAACA